AUAUCUCUUUCCUUCUUGACGACGAAGAGAUAACAGUGUACUUUUUUAUGCGUCUAAGUCACAAAUCCUUUUCUUCCUUCUAACCUUUCCUUCCCUCGUUCAUAGCGAGGGAUUGUAGAAAAGAAGAGGAAGAAGUUUCGGGAUUGAAUUUUUGAAGAUUGUUCUUAGCCAUGGAUUCUUCAUCUGUUUCAAUCGAUGGGACUUCUGGGUUGAAAGACAAAGAGUCAAUGGUUGACCCCUUCUUGGUUGAGGCUCUCCAAAACUCUCGUCACCGUCUAACCAUUUUGCGGAUGGAACUUGAUAUCCAAAGGUUUCUGAAUAAUGCUGAUCAGCAGCAUUUUGAGUUCCAACAUUUCCCUUCUUCCUAUCUCCGUCUGGCAGCACAUCGUGUUGCUCAACACUAUGGUAUGCAAACAAUGGUUCAAGAUGGUUUAGACGGCCGGGGAAAUAAAAUUGUGGUAAGGAAGUUGGCAGAAAACAGGUAUCCUGUGGUUUGCUUAUCUGAAAUACCUGCCAAACAUAUAGAAACUGAUAAACUUGAGCAGAUUAAAAUUGCCACAAGACCUAGACCCUAUAGAGCCAAUGUAAAUGAAGCCAAUGAAGCUGGGAGAGCUGGAAAUUUUAUGAGAAGUGUGGAAGUGAGGAAAGAGGAAUAUGAUCGGGCACGAGCUCGCAUCUUUAGUAGAUCUAGAAGUCCUGAUUUGAAUGAUACACAGUCAGAUAUUUCAAUGGAUGGAAAAGGUUCUUGUAUGAACAAAGAUGAAAUUGAAGUUAGCAGGAAUUCCAUUGCAGAUUCUGAAAAAUACAAUAGUGUGAGGGACAUAGGUUCUACUCGAGUUGCCAUUUUCAGAGACAGGGAAAAGGAUCGUAGUGAUCCUGAUUAUGACCGUAGCUACAGAAGAUAUGCUAGGAGCACUCCAAACUCUGUUCUCAACUUGGUGCCUUAUAAUUUGCCAAAAGUUGAGCCUUCGUUUGGUCAGUAUGACCCCACCUUUAAUCAGAUGGGUCAUAUUUCACAAACUCAAGCUUCACUUGGCUAUGCACCCCCUACGACCCAUCUAAGUCCCUUUGGCGCCACAGGAGUGAAUCAGACAUCUGGGAAUGCUGCUUACCUACAGUGGCCAAGUGCUGCUAUGAUGUAUGCUCAUACAUAUGACCAGUUUAGACAUGCUGUUUACCCGGCACCAUUUGGUCAGCAACCAUUGAGCUUUGACUAUUCGCAGAACUACUAGAUAUUGAUUGGGUGGAGGAAUUAUGGAUUUGCUUGCAUGGACAAGUUAGCUUAGCUUCAGGUUUAGGUUAAUUUUUUCAUUUCUGUCGUGGACGCUUGUAUCAAUUGUUGCAGGUUCCCUUUGGAUUUUCAGUUUUGAUGGCCAUAGUAAAGCAUAUAUGUUCCGUGUU